CUUCCGCCCGGCAAACGACGGACGAUGCCACUGUGCCCCAGUCUUUCACCACUGACGUUCAUCUUCCCCUCUAGCAACAAUCUGAAAUCAAUCGAAAACUGCUCGUCAUGUCGUCCGCAUCCUCAACCCUCCCGCCCGACCUAUUUGACCAAACGACGCUCGUAUCCCUCGGAGCCACGGUCGUCCUCCUCUCCAUCGCCAUCGCCGUAUCCCGCCGCGUCCUGCACCCGACGACUUCGACGAGGUAUCGCGUCCUCUUCGUCUGGCACGCAUUCGACGCCCUGAUCCACUUCUUUCUCGAGGGCAGCUUCCUAUACCACUGCUUUUUAUCCUACAUCCCGCUCGCCGACGUGCCCAAUGCCGACCUUGGUGGGUUUCACCCGACGCCCGCGAACUUCCUGGGCCAUUCGGACCGCAUCUAUGGCGCCCAGGCGGGCGGGGACAACCCCUUCGCGCAGCUAUGGAUGGUAUACGCGAGGGCGGAUAAGAGGUGGGCUGGCGCAGACUUGGGCGUGAUCUCGCUGGAGCUUCUGACCGUGUUUGGUGCCGGACCUUUGGCGGUCUGGAUCUGCUACUGCAUUGCCAAGCGCGAUCCUAAGGUCAAUAUUUGGAUGAUCAUCAUCGCGACUGCGGAGCUCUACGGAGGCUUUAUGACCUUCUGCCCCGAGUGGCUGACCGGCAACAUCUACCUGGACACCAGCAACUUCAUGUACCUGUGGGUUUACCUGGUCUUCUUCAACAUGCUGUGGGUGUUCAUUCCCUUGUAUGCCAUCUACGUCGCCUAUGGAGAGAUUUCGUCCGCCUUCAAGGCUCAGGGUGCGAGGAAGAACCUUUGAGCAGGUAGAGAUGCGGUAUCUCAAGGUGACUGCUGUGUCCCCUGUAGACUCUGUUGUUGCCCACCUUUUACGGUGUAACGACGAUCAGCGUGAUACUCGGUAAGAGCCAGUUGGGGCUACCUACUCGCCUCGAUGGCCCAGCCGUGUCCGAGUGAUGUCCAGACGAAGUUGGAAUUCUCGGGCGGUGAAGAACAGGACGUAAUCAUGUCCUUAGAUUAGUGAGCGUCGUUCAUGUUUAAAGAUCCGUAGUGGGUUGCACGUCAUGUUUUCACGACAUGUUUUCACGACACCUCAGACCUUUUAUGAUGGCAAUGGAUGCCAGGAUGGUUACAUAUUUAGCUCGGGUCUUAGGUCCUUGUGAAUAUGGUGGAUGAGCGAAGCAUCUCACCUGUUAGCACUAUCCAGAUAGACUCUACAGCAACAAUGCUCGCCAUGCCAUCAGAGAGCACUAAGUCUAUACGCUAGAAGUGGAGGGAUCAAAGUAGCUAGGCGCGCAACGGU